GGAUUGUGAAGAGCGGUGCAUUGUGGGUAGGACGUCAGGGCGUCCAUAUCUGUAUUUUACUGCGGCUGAAGGAGAGAAACGGGAGUCAUGAAAGGGAUCCGAACUCUAAAUAAAUUAUCCAUACGAUGCUAUGCCACCAGGAGGAGUGAUGUCCUCACUGAGCCCUUGGCUGGCCUGAAGGCUGGGGCGGCCCUGCCCCCCCAGAGUGUACAGAUGUCCAAGCUGCCCAACGGUCUAGUGAUCGCGUCGUUGGAGAACUACUCUCCCGUGUCCAGUGUGGGUGUGUUUGUGAAAGCAGGCACUCGUUAUGAGACUGUGGAGAACCAGGGAGUCAGUCAUGUCCUGCGGUUGGCAGCCAACCUGACUACUAAGGGAGCGUCUGCGUUCAGGAUCUGUCGUGGUGUGGAGGCAGUGGGGGGUAGUCUGAGGGUAACGUCAUCGAGGGAGACCAUGGUUUACUCUGUGGAGUGUUUGAGAGACCACUUAGACACAGUGAUGGAGUACCUGAUCAACGUGACCACGACCCCAGAGUUCCGGCCAUGGGAAGUGGACGACCUGACCUCCAGGGUCAAGGUAGACCGGGCCCUGGCCCACCAGUGUUCACAGAUAGGUGUUAUUGAGAAGUUGCAUGAAGCUGCUUACAAAAACGCUCUAUCCAACUCCCUGUACUGUCCUGACUACAUGGUUGGCAAAGUCAGUGGUGAACAGCUGCAGUCCUUUGUCCAGAACAAUUUCACCAGUGCCAGAAUGGCUCUUGUAGGACUAGGUGUGAAUCACUCUGUGCUGAGGCAGGUAGGAGAGCAGUUUCUCAGUGUCCGCAGUGGGGCUGGAGUUGCUGGGGCCAAGGCUGUAUACCGCGGAGGUGAGCUGCGGGUGCAGAACGGGGCCGGUCUGGUCCACUCGCUGAUCGCCAGCGAGGGCGGUGUGACUGGAUCAGCAGAGGCCAAUGCCUUUAGUGUACUGCAAAGGGUUCUGGGAGCCGGGCCACACGUAAAGAGAGGCUCCAACGUCACCAGCAAACUGAGCCAGGGCAUCGCCAAGGCAACCACACAGCCCUUCGAUGCCACAGCGUUCAAUGCCACAUACGCUGACUCUGGACUCUUUGGAGUCUACUCCAUCGCCCAAGCCGACUCCGCAGGAGAGGUGAUAAAAGCUGCCAUCGCCCAGGUGACAGAGGUUGCGAAGGGAGGCGUGUCUGAGGAUGAUGUCGCCAGAGCAAGGAAGCAGUUGAAAGCGGAGUACCUGAUGUCCAUGGAGAGUUCCGAGGGCCUGCUGGAGGAGAUGGGGGCCCAGGCUCUGUCCAGCGGAGCCUACCACUCACCAGAGACAGUUACCCAGAGCAUCGACUCUGUCAGCCACGCAGACGUCGUCAACGCUGCGAGAAAGUUUGUGGACGGCAAGAAAUCGAUGGCAGCUAGCGGACACCUCGCCAACACACCCUUUGUGGAUGAAUUGUGAAAAGAAACAAACCAUAAACAAUGAAACAGUUAUUUAACAUUUUAACCUGGGCAGGUUGUGCCUGGCUGCUUACUCCAGAAAAAGGAACUUGGUUCUGAUAUGAAGCCCAUGACUUCAUCUUACAGCAAACGAUAAUCCUUUGUUAACAAAUCAUGUUAAAGUUUGUUCUGCAAUAAUUGUACACAAGUAUCAGGAAUAAUUAUGCUUUUUGUUGUCAAUUUCUCUGUAUAUUUGAUGUAAAUUCAUUAAAUGGUCUAUCUACA